AUGCAUUCAUCAACUAAUUUAGAAAAUUUGCAGUUAAAAAAACUAAGAGAAUUGAAAAAAAAGAAAGAAAGAAUAACUAAAUGUGUUCAAGAAUUAGAUGAAGAUUAUAGAAGAAAGGAAGAUGAGCUUUCAUCGCAAAAACAAAAUUUAACAGAACUGGACGGAUUGGAUAAGAUCAAAGAAAGAAGGAUGUUUGAAAAUUCAACCUUACCGAAAUUCAACGGAAAAACCAACAAUUUCACUAAAUUUGGAUUAAUAUGUGAUCAGUAUUUAUCAGCAUUGAAAGAAGAUUACGAAAAGGCGAUUCAAGAUCGUCAGAAUCAAAGAUCAACUGGCAUUGAGAACUUGAGAAGAUUGUGUAAAUUUCUUUUUCAGACAGAUAACAUUGGCAAUACUAUGGCAAAAAUUAUAAUAUUUUUGCUCGAUUCUGAUAAACAAGAGAGAAGGCAUAAUUUUAAUACUGUAAAAGAUCUUCUUAUAAAAUUAGAAAUCAUAGAAAUGGUGUUGGAAGAUGAUGAGAUAAUAUUGAAAUUUAAAAAAAAUAUGAUAAAAUAUUCUGCAGUUAACACAGACGAAGAGGAAGCAAUACCAAAUUCUACAAUAACAAGUGAUGGAAAUUCUUUGGAGCAGUUACCACUUUUAGGUGAAAGUAUAACCAUUCAAGAUGAAGUUACUGAUGGCCAUCGUGCAAAGGCUACCUUUUUUUCAUAUAAAUCUUGCAAAUACAAUUAUUGGAACUGGCAUGUUGGCCAUGCAAUUGCGUCAGUUGGUCUUGUUGUUGGAAGUGUGGUAAUACUUUACGCAGGCUUUACUUCUUGUUUGGGUUUAUAUUUUUUGUCAAGGGUAGCAACCCAUACAAAUGGUCGUAAUGCAUCGUUUUUUGCAGUAUCACAAUUAACCUAUGCAUCAGUUGGCAUAUUUUUUGAUUUGGCCAUAGCAAUCAAAUGUUUUGGAGUAUCAAUUUCAUAUCUCAUGAUUACUGGUGAUUUGAUGCCAGAAGUAGUUAAAUUUUUACUGGAUAAAACAGUUUCAAGCCACUUUCCUUGGUUGACAGAUAGAACUUUUUGGAUAUCGGUCGCGAUGAUUUUCAUUGUGCCAUUGUCAUUCUUAAAAAGAUUGGAUUCGUUGAAGCACACAAGUUCAAUAGCUUUGAUUGCUGUUGUCUAUUUGAUUUUCAUUGUCAUUUAUUACUAUUUUGCUCCAGAUUAUGACCCACCACCAAAAGACAAAAUACAUUUUGUUAAUUUAUCAAGUAAAUUUUUUUCAAAUUUACCAAUAUUUAUAUUUUCAUUUACUUGUCAUCAAAAUCUUUUUACCAUUUAUAAUGAGCUUGAGUUCAAUAAUCAAAGAAAUAUUAAUAAUGUUAUUAUCACUGCUAUUGGAACAUCAGCAAUUGUUUAUCAAAUAAUUGGAAUAUUUGGUUAUCUAAGUUUUGGUGAUGAUGUCUUACCAAACAUAAUAUCAGAAUAUAAUGCAGGUUUAAUAGUAACAAUUGGUAGGAUAGCAAUCGUGAUAUUGGUAAUAUUUUCGUAUCCACUUCAAGCGCAUCCUGCUAGAGCAUGUCUGGAUAAAGUUUUAACUUUUCGAUCAAGAACUACUUCAACAUCACCAACUCUAUCAGAUAAUAAUAAUAAUCGUAAGAUUGAUGACGAUUUAUUAAUGAAAGUUAAAUAUAUAUUUUUAACAUCCGGAAUUUUAAUUUCAAGCUAUACGAUUGCAAUUUCCGUAACAAAAUUGGAUUUGGUAUUUGCAUUCGUUGGAUCAACAGGAUCCACAACAAUCUCAUUUAUAUUACCUGGUAUAUUUUAUUAUAAAAUUCAUCAGAAUGAUCCAUGGGAUAGAUAUAAGAUUGGUGCAGCAUUACUGGCUCUCUAUGGAUUCUUGGUGAUGAUUAUUUGUUUAACAUUAAAUGUAGAACGUGUUUCCGCUGAAUGA